GCACUCUAGGACAUGUAAUAUUAUGCAUCUUGACCAUUUCGUCAUUAUUUAUACAAAUCUCUCUCCCUAUUGUUUCCUUUACUUCUCCGGAAACCUACAUCAUUUCGAAUUCUCCGCCCGUCGAUACUUAUAUGCUCCCCCACCUGUCCGUCUCGGAGCAUGAGAUCAAAUCUUCUGCAUACAUACAUUGCAACUGAGCAAAAUGAAAAGCCUAACAAACUCAUUUCUUUUUUCUUAAGCAUCAUUAUUAUUAUAUUAAAUUAUUUUGUUUUACGUGAUCAUAUAUCAUUAAAUUAGAAAGAAAAAACAUUAGGUAGAAAAAUAUGAAGGCCAGUGUUUAUAGGAUUGAAGAACUCUAAUGCAACUGGAUUUUCCUCCUCUCCCACGUUUUUCGCAGAACCCUUUUCGUUUUCCGUGUGGAGAAACAAUUCUGAAGGGUUGCUGAUUAUUUUUCUGGUGAUAAAUUUGAUGGCUGCUGCAUGAUCCCACCAUUUGGUAUGGGGCUGUGGGAUUCAUUGGUGGGGAACGAAGUUAAGAAGUUCCUCAAACGAAAAGAUAGUGAUGCAGGAGAAGCAGGUCGAGCGCUCGAAGAACUCCGAGGCUCUAUCUACAAUGACCUCCGAACAUCAGAAGGCGCCAAGCGCCAACAGCAGCGUUUUUGUGGUCCGGUUGUGGCUAUGUCCUUCAAUUUCACAGUCUCUGUGGGGAUCAUCCUUGCAAACAAACUAAUAAUGGGGAGAGUUGGAUUUAAGUUCCCAAUCUUUCUCACAUUGAUCCAUUAUGUGACAGCAUGGCUGCUUCUCGCCAUUUUCAAGUCGCUCUCAAUUCUUCCUGUUGCUCCUCCUUCGAGAACGACUCCUUUCACUUCUCUCUUCUCCUUAGGCGCGGUCAUGGCUUUUGCAUCCGGUCUUGCAAACACCAGCCUAAAACAUAACAGUGUUGGCUUCUACCAGAUGGCUAAAAUUGCUGUCACUCCUACUAUUGUUUUCGCCGAGUUCAUUCUCUUCAGAAAAACCAUUUCUUUUAACAAGGUUUUGGCUCUAGCUGUAGUCUCGGCGGGUGUGGCAGUAGCAACCGUAACAGAUUUAGAGUUCAAUUUAUUUGGUGCUUUGAUUGCUAUUGCAUGGAUAGUUCCAAGUGCUGUAAACAAAAUCUUAUGGUCUAACCUUCAGCAGCAAGGCAAUUGGACCGCGCUCGCGCUGAUGUGGAAGACAACCCCGGUCACGAUAUUCUUCUUGCUGGCUCUGAUGCCUUGGUUGGAUCCACCAGGCGUCCUACUUUUCAAGUGGGAUUUCGGUAACUCAACCGCUAUUCUUACAUCGGCAGUCCUUGGUUUUCUCCUCCAAUGGUCCGGAGCUUUGGCACUCGGGGCAACCUCAGCAACUUCCCACGUUGUUCUAGGGCAGUUCAAGACAUGUGUUAUACUACUAGGGGGCUACCUUAUAUUUAACUCGGAUCCGGGCUUUGUGAGCAUUUGUGGGGCUGGCAGCCUCUGCGGAAUGUCUGUUUACACGUCGCUAAACCUGAAAAAGCCGCAAGACAGCACGAGCAAACAGCUCCCAAAGCAAAGCUUACCGACGUCAAAACCCAAAGCCACUGACGGAGAAAGUGUAGAGUCAGAAGUAGAAGAUACUGCAACUAUUGUCUGAAGACAGAACGCCAAGCAUCAGGCCUACAAAACCAUUUUUUUGGCGUUUGAGAGAAGGAGAGGACAACACAACGUACCGUUGUCUGAACUUGAAACCGAAAGAAGAGGCUUUUAAACUUUUUUCAUGUGAUGUAGGGAAGAGAGAUGAGGCAGAAGAGUAUAGUUAAGCACAGUUUUUAGAUAUAAUUGACCAGAAUAUCAUAUUUGUUGAUUAACAAUUGACACACUACGAAGCUUAAGGAUUA